AUGGAGGAGGAAAGCAAACGUCUCGAUGCUGUCGGCGGUCGAGACUACUCGAUAGAAGUGGGACGCGGAGAUGAAACGGUGGAGCAGUGGCCUGGCCUUUCCGGUGACGUUUGGUGGGACGGACCUGUGCUAGGUGAUUGUGAUAUGCGAGGCUUGUCCAUGAUGGCAGGACAGCCAUGGCUCUUCGCUGCCUGCCAGUGGAUGAAGAAGGUCAAACGCUGCGAUGAUGCUGUCUCGUCUCGUCCCUCGAUCGCCGAGAGGCAGACCCCUGAGUCGGUACUUGGGCAGAGGCUAGGCGUCUGGUCUGAUGAAGAAACCGCGGGCAGUCGCAGCGCGGGUGGAUGUUUCAUUGUCCAGUCCGUGAGAAGAACCAGGAGAACCAGGGUGACGAUGCGUCACGUUAAAUCUCCCGGGCGGGCCGUUUGA